AUGCUGAAGGAGAGAGAGGACCUGGUCUGGGAGCAGUCUCAAGAUGACGUCACUGACACCGAAUUCAUUGAAGUCACAGAGUCCCCACCGAAAUACGCGGAAAUUCUUCCCGAAGACUUCCUGUUUCCGUUCGAGAAUUUGAUCUUUGAGGGAGGUGGCAACAAGGGACUCGCCUAUGUAGGUGGUAUAAAGUACUUUGAGGAAAUAGGAAUGAUGCCAGGAAUUCGAAGAUUUGGUGGAAGUAGUGCAGGGGCGAUAACCGCAACACUGGUAGCCCUGGGUUACAGUUCCUGCGAUAUAGAAGUUUUCAUGUCGGAUGAUCUUGAGGAGAUAUUUUUAGACCACUCCUGCGGGUACUUCAGCCUUCUGCCCAACCUCCUGAGCAAGUUUGGCUGGAAUCCUGGCGACAGAUUUUCUGAUUGGUGCGGUGAAAUGAUCAAAGAAAAGUCUUCGACAGCGAACCCCGACAUGACCUUCGAUGAUGUAAGAAAAUUGUACAGAGAACGUAAAGUGGAGCUGUGUAUUGUAGUCACCAACCUGAACCAGAUGAGGAGUGAGUACUGCCACCCCAAAACUACACCGGAUAUGCCGAUAAGGGAAGCAGUGCGCAUGUCAAUGGCCUUGCCAGGUUUAUUUACUGCCCGUUUCUAUGACAACCACGGUCGAACGGACACGUAUGUUGAUGGCGGUCUCCUGUGUAACUACCCGAUACACUGUUUUGAUGGCUGGUACCUAUCAAUGGCUAAAGAAGAUUCGUUCCUGCAGCGUGUGAAAUCUCUGCAAGAGUUACCGUACUUGAAGGCUCAGUUCUUUCAACCGCCAAGUAACAAAACAGUGGGAUUUCUUGUGUAUGAUGACAUCGAGAUGGAGGUCAUGCGGUACAGACUAGAACACAGAUACGGCUGUAACGAACCAGCAACUCCAAGUAAACAAACCAAAUUGUUUAAACUGAAGCAGAAGAAGAAAACUGCCAAAGGAAAAGCUGACCGUGAACACAGACGAAUCGUCAAGGCUGUGGAGAAUUUCAUGAAGAGAGACGUGUUUUCUGAAGAUGACGUCAGACUUUUGUUCGGAGAAACGUCGGAAGUGGAUGCGGCGUUUAAAAUUUUAGACAAAGAUGGGAACGGUCAGAUAGAGUUUCGAGAGCUGGUCCAAUUUAUUGAAGAACAAGGAAUCAGGUUACAGACGAGGUUCCAGGGAUUUGGGAGAAGAGACGUCAAAAACUUGGGUGAUUUUUUAUCAGCUCUGAUGGAGACGAUGUUGACCAACCUCAAAUAUGUCUUUGUUAAGGAAACUGAUGACUUCAGGACAGUGGGCAUCAACACAGGGCAUAUCGGAACUACGGAUUAUGCCCUGGAAGAGGCAGAUAAAGAGUUCCUGAUUCAGAGGGGCUACAACGCUACCAGAGCGUUCUUGAAGUAUUACGUGGCUAAAGGCAGGGAGUGCCAGAGGAAAACCACAGGCCAUCUUCUCAAUGGGGGCCCUAACACAGACGUUACAGAUGGGGGCCUCAUGCUAGAUAAUGCUAGUGGGGGCCCUGCUAAAGACAACGCUGCUAAUAGGGCCUCACGAUAG